AUGAAGGCUGUGUUCGCCCUGGCUCUCCUGGCGGCGGUGGUGGCGCUGGCGGCUGCCGCCCCCAAAGAGACCUACUCCACCAAGUACGACAACCUGGACGUGGACGCCAUCCUCAACAACCCGCGCACCCUCGAAGCCUACUUCAAGUGCAUGGUGGACCAGGGACCCUGCACGCCCGAGGGUCGCGAGUUCAGAAAGAACCUGCCCGACGCGCUGGCCACCGACUGCAGCAAGUGCAGUGACGCUCAGAAGAACCUGAUCCGCAAGCUCUCCAAGCACCUCAUCCAACACCACCCCGACAAGUGGGAGCAGGUGAAGAAGAAGUUCGACCCCAAGGGCGAGCACCACGACCGCUUCCAGAAGUUCCUCAACGCCCACUGA